GAGUAUGCCUAAAAUAAUUUUAUAUUGAUUGCAUAGGAUGAUAAUGUUAACUUGACUUUCUAUUCAAUGAAAUAUUGCAAAAACAAACGCAUGUGUCUUGCACACUAUGUAGGGUAGCUUGAGGAGUACUUGAUGUGGUGGCUUGCUAUGCUGGCAGCUGCUCAUCAAAAGCUUAUUUUUCCCACUCCGGAUGGGAAAGGCAACAGAAUGGCAGCAAAGACUUUGAUGAUAAGUCACUUUAUCUCGUUUGUCUUCGCUGGGUUAAACAAUAUGAGUGGAUCUAUAUUUGCAUAUCUGAAGGAGUAGGUGUCGAAUAAACAAAAAUCAAUCUUCCAUAGUGCUAUCACCACUUUCUUUGUGGUUUACACAUGUGAUAACUUUUUGUUUCUAAUAAAAGCUCGCAGGGUGAGACUCGUCAUGCAUAGUUCAAGAUAUGGAAGCUCCAAUGAAGCAAAUUAGUGUUCUGGUGUUUUUUGCAAUUUUGGCCAUUUCAGGUCUCCAGACGGUGUAUGGGGCCGGUGAAUGCGGCAAGUCUUCAACACCCGAUAGGGAGGCUUUUAAGCUGGCCCCUUGCAUGUCUGCGGCGCAGGAUGAGACUGUAUCCGUGUCGAGCAACUGCUGUGCUCAAGUGAAGAGAAUAGGGCAGAACCCAAGCUGCCUAUGCGCUGCUAUGCUGUCAAAUACGGCCAAAAUGGCAGGAAUUAAGCUUGAUGUCGCUGUCACCAUUCCGAAACGCUGUAACCUUUCUGAUCGGCCUAUUGGGUACAAGUGUGGAGGUUACACAGUGCCUUAAUGGUCAUGACCGAUCGCCAGCUUGCUGCAGUUUGAAUCGCUCUGUUGUGUUAAAAUAACUUCAAUAAUGUGCACGCUGUAAACACGUAACGGUAUUGAUGACAAAAUGUACCUGCUAAAGCCAGCAAUGGCCGGCUAAGUUUAUGCCCA